GAAAAUACAUGAAGGCAACGGUAAAACCUAUUCCCACUAGCUGGGUUGAUUUCCAAACCAAAGUACAAGAUGUUGGAAAAACAAAACUCCGUCUUUCUUUAGAUGAGGUCGCAGAAAUUGCAUCUAAAUGUGGAAUUUCUAAAGCAAUGCUUAACACUGUCCUCGAUUAUCUAAAUGACACUGGAAUAAUUCUGUACUCUAAGACUAACGAGAAGUUAAAGUACACAGUUAUUACAAACUUACACAUGAUGAUCGACAUUGUGACAAAAGUCAUCACAGUAGUGAAACCUGAUGAUAUUGACAAGUUACCUAUACUGAUGCAAUGGCAUAGGCUCGACAGUGAGGGAAUUCUACAAGAGCAAUUGCUACGUCAUUUGUGGCGAUUUGAGAUAGAGAAAGAUGCCUGCAACUUUGAUGUUUUUGUAGAACUAAUGAAGAAGUUUGGAUUGCUGUUUGAGAAACAAAAGGGAUCUCAACCUGGCAACCGAAUAUUCAUGGUUCCCACUCGGAUGCAAAUCAAUAAAGAGGGCUUGGAAGUUAAGGAAGACGAGCAGCAAACGGUAUCGAUUUAUGUGACGCCUAUCGACUUCCUACCGGAUGCUGUCUACAAUCUGCUGGUGGUUUCGUUUUUAGACUUGAUGAAUGACAAAGGUAGAAGUAGUGAUGAUGUGGAAUUGUUUCGGAAUCGUAGUGACUUUGACUUAGAUGAUGAGCAUGUGGUGAGUCUAGGAGCUGUCAAAAUCAAGAACAGGCAUGCACUGAAGGUAAGAUGCGAUGUUAAAGGUUAAGCAUAAUUAUUAUUUUAAUGUAAUA